CAGGGAUUUAAUUAAUUUUUUAAAAAGUAAAAUGACCCGAAUCGACAAUUUUUCCUAAUUUCUUUUCUUCUCUUGUUUUUCAGCUACGGCAACAGGCCUCACCCAAACAAAGCCUUAAUUAGGGUUGUGGGGUAAAUUCCAUAUUUGGCGGCUUGUUCACCGGUGUCGUUUUUUUGAUGAUCCUCAGUCAAAUAAGCUUCGGAAGCUGAUGAGUUCAUGUCACUCUCCAUAGCUUAUAGCUUACCUACUCCAGCACUUUCUUGUUUCUCGAUCCCGCUUUAUAGCAUCUACUGAAGAAAGAAAAGAUCCCAUUGUUGGGUAGAAGAAGAUUUCAAGAUGGCGGCGAUGGCCCAGCUUCAUUUUUCUGCUAUUUCUGUUCCGAAUCAUUCUCAGAGUCGGAAUCUCACCCCUCUAUGUCCGCGUUCUUUUUCUGCCAAUGGAUCUUUGUUUGCCAGUAAUCUCACAGUUUCGAUUUCUUCCAAGCAGCAACGGCAUUCAGAUUCGCUCCUCAAACUGCCUCCCCUCUGCGCCGGCAGCGGAGGCGGCGUUGGUGACAGUGGGGUCGGAGGCGGCGGCAGGAAAGGUGAUGGAGGCGGGGAUUGGAGUUCCGGUGGCGAUUCAGAUGACUCGAAAUCUUCUUCUGGGGACAAUUUCGGACCGAUCGGAGCCUUUCUCAGCGGAUGGAGAUCCAGGGUUGCCGCCGAUCCGCAAUUCCCUUUUAAAGUUCUCAUGGAGGAAUUGGUCGGCGUCACCGCCUGUGUCAUCGGAGACAUGGCAUCUCGCCCUAACUUCGGACUCAACGAGCUCGAUUUCGUCUUCUCCACCAUGGUCGUGGGCUCAAUCAUGAACUUCGUCCUCAUGUACCUCUUGGCGCCAACCGCUUCCUCAGCAAGCCAAACCCUACCUUCCAUAUUCUCUAGCUGCCCACCAAGCCACAUGUUCCAGCCCGGUUCUUACGGCCUGGUCAGCCGGGCAGGCACUUUAGUGUACAAAGGUGUGCUCUUUGCUACAGUUGGGUUCGCAGCUGGGCUGGUGGGCACAGCCAUUUCGAACGGACUGAUCAAGAUCAGGAAGAAGAUGGAUCCGAGUUUUGAAACGCCGAACAAGCCCCCGCCAACCAUACUGAAUGCGGCCACUUGGGCUAUUCACAUGGGGGUGAGCAGUAAUCUGAGAUACCAAACGCUGAAUGGAGUCGAGUUCGUGCUGGCUAAAUCUGUCCCAGCAUUUGUGUUCAAGAGCUCGGUGAUCGUGUUGAGAUGUUUGAACAAUGUUCUCGGGGGGAUGUCGUUUGUGGUGUUGGCCAGGAUGACUGGCUCACAGAGCGUGGAUGAUGGCGAAAAGAAGACAGUAGCUGCAUUAGAGGAGGAUGAAUUGGCUUCUGAAAAAGAGAGAUUGGUGAAUGCUGAUGAUUCUUCAAAGUAAUUUGGUCUGUAAGCUGUUCAUUUUGUGUUGCACUGUGUUGUUUAUUAUCUUGAUUUUAGUGAGAAUAAAAAAAUUGCACGUGUUGCAAUACUUGCAUUAGCGCACGAGUAGGUUUAGCCAGCCUUUUUCCCAGAGGAUCAAAGCUACAUUUCAUUCCUCUUGUUGUCGCGCCUUUUGAAUUAUAGUUGCAACUGUUAUUGAUAUUUGGGAAAAGGGGCAAAUAAGGCCAUGUACUAACCAAAAAAGGUCAAAUAAGGCCUUAUUUAAGAGGCUCUGUCCGGUCGUCGCCAUUUGGGGCGGUUCCCAAUGGAUUUUUUUGAUGAAAUUUUUUGAGCAUCUUAUUCAGUAAGUCUAGUUUACUCAUACAGAAUUUCAGCUAAAACUUCAAUCGGGAAGGCAUUCAAAUGAAUUCUUGAAGAUAACUACGUAGUUAAAAGCGCAGUUAUCUUCAAGAAUUCAUUUGAAUGCCUUCCCGAUUGAAGUUUUAGCUGAAAUUUGGUAUGAGUAAACUAGACUUACUGAAUAAGAUGCUCAAAAAAUUUCAUCAGAAAAUUCCACCGGGAACCACCCCAAAUGGCGACGGCCGGACAGAGUAUCUUAAAUAAGGCCUUAUUUGACCUUUUUUGGUUAGUACAUGGCCUUAUUUGCACCUUUUCUCUUGAUAUUUCUUAGAGUUCAAAUUCUAUGUUUAUCAAUAUGGGAGCUUUUGCUAUGAAUGGCUGUGAGCGAGUACGAAUAUAAAAAAUCAGGGAAUCAAAUUUGCUUACAAUGGAAUGAUGGAUGCUUUCUUUU